AUGAAGUCUUCGGUUGGUGGGUCGGAGUUCCGAGUGAAGCAGAACGCAGACGACGCGCCCAUGCACUGCGAGUCCAACGGCAUGGCCACAAUGCAGUACCAACAUUAUGAGUCGGACAUCGAGGACAACCAAUACGGAGACAUGCACGAGGCCAUGGCCGCCGGCGCUGCGUGGGCCAUGAUACCCUCGCCAUACGCCAUGAACCCGGCCAUGCCGGCCAACACGCCCUGGGUGGAGCAGUACAACCCCAUGCCCGCAUACCAGCCCGGCCCCCCCUACCACCCGGCCUACGGCCAGGACAUGUCCAGCUACGGCGAGGCGGACGAAGAGGCUGCCAACGGCUUUUACGGGGGGGCGCCAGGGGGCCCUGGGUACGACGACGGGGCGGCUUACGCCGAUUACGUGUACAAGAGCCAGGCGGGAUUCGCGGGCGCCCGGUCCAUGACCCCUCCCGUGAUGUCCAUACCGUCUGCUGCUGCCUAUGGCAUGCCGUACAUGGCCGGCUACCAGCAGCCCUUCGGCAUGAAGCCCUUCUCGGCCAAGUACGGCAGGGGGUACGACAGCGAGGGCGGCAAGGAGGGCAACAGCGGCGGCGGCAAGGGCCAGAAGUGGUACCCGCCGAUGCAGCCGUCCAUCCUCGUGGGGAAGGAAGUCGUCGUGCGGCAGUCGGGGUCGGGGGCGCACAGCGGGGCAGAGAGGAUCACGGUGCAGAUGACCAGCCUGGAGGACGGCUACAGGUUGGGGGCGGCGCUGCAUUCCCUUUAA